AUGAUGAACAUACACAAGGUGGACGUCGUGGCUGGACACUCGACAUACGAGGACCAUGCGCCAAGCGAGUUGACGAGCGAGACAGGGCCACGGCCGCCGGCGGGCGAGUCUGGCGAGUCUGGCGGCGCAGCGGCAGCGCCGGGUCGCACCUUGAGCAGGCUGGACACGCAGCUUGCUUCCAGAGACGACAGCGCCGCCUCGCGACGAGAACAAGCCAGCCGUCGUGCCGAGGGCGAGGGCGAGGGCGAGGGCGAGGGCGAGGGUGACGAGGCAGCGCUGCGCAACGCGACGACAUCGCCGAGCUCCGCCACGGUCACCUCGCCGCCGCCGUACUGGCCGCACGCCUUUGCGCACCAGCGCACCGUCUCCAACGUGUCCGCCGAGUCCAUCCUGCCGAUAACGUUGCGCGACAACGACACGAGCGACGACGACCGGAACAGCGCGUGCUGGGCCAAGAGCGUCGAGAUCACCGACUACAUUGUCGUCAACGGGAGCAACACCAACAUUGGCGCAUUCGUCGUCUGGAACGUCCGGGUCGAGACGUUGAGUGGAAGCUUCAUGAAUAUCCGAAAGCGCUACUCCGAGUUUGACGACUUCCGGCAAAAGCUCACAUCCUCGUUUCCCAACUUCAAGGCCGCCGUGCCGGAGCUCCCGCCGAAAAGCGCAAUCUUCAAGUUUCGCCCCAAAUUUCUAGAGAAGCGCCGCGCCGGGCUGCAAUAUUUUUUAAAGUAUGGAUUGCCGUCUCUGCCCAAGAUUGAGGCUUGCAUAGACUUACCUCUAUAUGUGCCUACAUAA